UUUACAUUCAUAUGGCCACAAAAUCGACUAUUGCUGGAACUAGGGUUUUGGAUCUUAUUGAAAUCAAAGGGUUUCUGGUCACCAAGCCAUAGAUUUGAAAUCAAAGUGUUAGGGUCUCGUUUGUCACUGAAAUCGAAGGAUUGAUGCUCACAGGGCCACGAAAGCUAGGGUUUUAGGCAAAGCGAGAAUCACUCAUGUCUAAUUCCAUCAGGAAAUCAGUUAUAAGCGAUAACUAUUCUUCGUUCGUGCUCCUCUCCAAGCUAAUCGAUUUUCUAUUUCAUAGCAAAGGUUCUUGCACUGGAGUAUUUACAUUCUUUGAAUAUCAUUCACUGAGACCUGAAGCCAAACAACUUGUUGAUUGGUCCAAAUGGCCAUAUCAAGAUUUUGGGCUGUCGAAGGUAGGUCUGAUUAACAGUACAGAGGACUUAUCAGGGGGAGCAUCAGAAAACAGGACCUCUAUUUAUGGGGAAAAUGAUGUUAAUAGUAAACCAGGAAGAGAACGUCAAAAACAGUCGGUUGUUGGGACUCCUGACUAUCUGGCCCCUGAGAUACUUCUUGGUGUCGGACAUGGUGCAACAGCUGACUGGUGGUCUUUUGGUGUUAUUCUUUAUGAGCUACUUGUAGGGAUACCACCGUUUAAUGCAGAAUCUCCACAGCAAGUCUUUGCCAACAUUAUGAACAGAGAUAUACCAUGGCCCAAGAUUCCUGAGGAGAUGAGCUAUGAAGCAUAUGAUCCGAUUAAUAAGUUGCUGAUUGAAAAUCCAGCUCAACGCCUUGGUGCCAUAGGGGUUGUACAUAGUCAACUGGUAGGGAAGUUGUUAAUUUUUCAAACUAAAACAGAGGGUUGAUUGAACGAGAGAAAAGAAAACACCAACACUCUAUGGCUAAUAAGAAUAAAAUAAAAUAAAGAUAUGAGGCAAAAAAGUCUUUGUUUGGCAGCUUGGACAAACUUUAUAGCACCUGAUCGUCCAUGCCACUCUUGUUACAUGACAUGAUGAUCGUCACAUCAUGGAACAUUUUAGGGCAGUUGUUGGUUUUCCUUUUGGUGAUCCAUCAAUGAAGUGGCCAACAUCAUGUAAUAACAUUUUAGGAGAAGAUGUAGGUAUAUGUUCUUUUAAUGAAUAAUGUAAUCAUAUGUAUGAAUAUGAAAUAAAGUUUGUUAUUUGUAUGACAAUAAAUUUUAUGCAAUGGAUUGU